CGGUGAACCUGCCAAUAUUGAGGGAAGUCAGUAGUUGCUCAGCAUUCUGGUGCAUCCAGCUGGCUCAUUUGAUGCCAGCACAGAUUAGGAUGCCCACGAGGUGAUGUGUCCGUGCAUAUUUAGGUUCUGAGCCCCUUUGGAGGUUUAGUCUUUACAGAAUCUGACAGUGAAUGUGGCUGAGAUAACUGUGCCAGGCAAAACACCAUACAAAGUCAAUCCCCAUGAACAACCCCUCGGCUGGGCAGUGUGUUCGGGGCUUACUUGAGCUGGCACACUGAUUGGACAUCAUCAUUUUGGAGGGCCUUCCUGCUUCUCUCACACUCUGAAAAUUUGUGUAACUGAAGUCUGUCAAUCCAGUGAAUUCUUCAGUUAUCUUGUCAACCUGCUACAAAGGUCAAAAUGGCUGACCGCAUCGUUCCUCAUGCCUACCCAAUGAGUAUGGAUUACGAGAUGUGUUCACCCCCUCGAAUCUAUGAUCAGAACUUUGCAGAAGCACUGAGUCCCAAUGACCUUUUGACCCCUGUCCUGUACCAUGGUUACUAUAUUCGUCCCCGCAUCAACAAGCAGCUCGAGCGGGGCUUCUCUCAGGUAGAAAGUGAAGACGAUUGGUAUCGAGUUUUGCUGGACGUGUGUCAGUUCACACCGGAUGAGAUCAGUGUGCGAACAGUGGACAACCUGUUGGAGGUGACUGGGCGGCACGCUCAGAGAAUGGACCAGCAUGGCUUUGUGAGUCGUGAGUUUACCCGCACAUACAUCUUACCGAUGGGUGUGGAUCCGCUGCUGGUGCAGGUGUCUCUCUCACAUGACGGGAUACUGCGUAUCCAGGCACCACGAAAAACUGAGGACCUGGAGCCUAAAAUCAACCAGCUCAAGAUUAAAGUGGACAAGAAGGAAAGCAAAAGUUAAUAAAAUGGACUUGAUAUAAGCAGGCCCACAUGGAAUCUCCAUAGAAAAGUCUAUGGAGUUGGAUUGCCCACAAUACUUGCGUGCUCAUUUAUUAAAUAUUUUGGAUAUUUUGAAUAAUUCGAAGUUCUCUCACUUCUGUUCUCUCACAGUUUGUUAAAAUGCAUUCCACAGAAUUCUGCAGAUUCCAAACUAAAAUUAGUGCAGAAAAAGUCCACAGAUUUCUUCUGGGUCUGUAUAUACACUACAGGUCGAACGUUUGGAAUAAUUAAGAUUUUUUAAAUGGUUUUGAAAAAAGUUUUUUUAUGCUCACCAAGACUGUAUUUAUUUGAUAAAAAUACAAUAAAACAGUAUUACUUUUUUUUUUUUUUAAAUUUAGUUUAGAAUGUAAUUUAUUCCUGUGACGUAAAGCUGAUAUUUUCAGCAUCAUUACUCCAGUCUUCAGUGUCACAUGAUCCCUCAGAAAUCAUUUUAAUAUGCUGAUUUGCUGCUCAAGAAACAUUUCAUAUUAUUAUCAAUGUUAAAAACAGUUUUGCAUUUUUGCAACAAUUUUGCCACAGUUUAAUAUUAAAAUAGAAAAUGAUUUUAAAUUAUAAUCAUAUUUCACAAUUGUACUGUUUUACUGUAUUUUUGAUCAAAUAAAUGAAGACUUGAUAAGAAUAAAAGACUUCUUUUAGAGGAAAACUUCACCAAAAAUGAAAACUUGUUCUUUAUUUACUCAAUCUCAGGCCUUCCAAGAUGUAGGUGACUUUCUGUCUUCAAUAAACUAUUCCUUUAAAAACAUUAACAACAAAAAAGUCUUAAUUUUUUUCCAAACUUUUGAAUGGUAGUGUAUAUUAGUUACUUCAUUUAUGGUUGUUGUUUACACUUUACAUCAGGGAGUAAAACUGUACACACUGGAAUUUUACGACGCACGUUAAGUUCCCUCGGGAUACCCUUGCUGGAUGUGUGAAUUUUUGCUAGACAAAUUAUGUUUUGUAAUAAACUUUUCUGUAUAGCUGGCAAGUAUUUAAAACAGUCUUGCCUCGGUUUUGUUACUUACAGUUAUUGCAAAAAUGAAAAGAUCACCUGUCAUUGGUUGGCUGUAAAGAUAGUCCUGCCCCUAAUCUGUGCCAUUGGUUGAGCCACUGUUGUUGUGUUAAAGUUGCAAUGACUUGAUUCUAUCCAUAGGUUUUGAUUGGAUGGAUGCAGAUCUGAAUGCGAGUUUAAAGUAAGACAUCAAAAACAUCAUCAUCAAAAAAAGAAAAAAAAAAAGAAAUCUGUUGUUUCGCUGGAAGGCUGAGUUAUGACAUUUUGAUUAAAAAUUCUAAGCUUAAAAAAAUCUCUUUAAUAAAAUACAUUCAGAAAAUA